AUGCAUUUUAUGAUAAUGAGCAAUUGUUGGUCAUCACUUCGCUUACUGCUGCCCAAGGUUAUCAGACCAGAAAUACAGAUCGCACCAGAUCGACUGUUUUCCACUACCAGAUCGUUCGAAGCCAGUCGCCAUGCGGAAAUCAUGGCAUGCGAUACACGUUUCGCAAGUAGGGAUGCUGCCAUGACGUCGAAGUUACCCAGCGCUAGACCUGUCGAGACAAGGAAAAGCCAAUUGAUUCGAAGCUAUACAUCACUUUUGCGAACCACACCACUCGUUUUGUUCUUUCAGCACAGCAAUCUGACAGCGAUUGAAUGGGCAGCCGUUAGAAGGGAACUGAAAAAAGCCGUGCAAGCCGUACCGCAGUCUUUGGGAACAGACGGUUCUACCGGUCUCGAUCUUGCCGCCAAACUACAACUACAAGUUAUGCGCACCAAGAUGCUGAGCGUUGCGCUACGAAUCACGGAAUUCCACAAACCCGAUUACUCCAAGGAUUUGCCACCUGCACAGUGGUUGGGUCCCGUUCCCUUAGUACACGAUUUGUCUGAAGCCGCCUAUAAGACCAUCAAGGACAUUGCUGUUCCACCUAACUCUGCAUAUGCACAACUUCAGCCUCUCAUGGUUGGCCCUGUUGCAGCUCUUACAUUACCUUGCAUCUCCACAGCGCAUCUUGCUGCUGCUCUUAGUAUACUAGCGCCUGUGGCAGGAGUUUUCCCGGCUCCAACACGGAAGAAGAAUCCUGGUUUUUAUGACCCUAUCUGCCAGAACGGCCUCAACAAACUGGUAUUAGUCGGGGGAAGAAUUGAAGGCAAAGUGUUUGACGAGCAAGGCGUUAACUGGGUUGGCGGUAUUCAAGGUGGUUUGGACGGACUAAGGGCCCAGCUGGUCAGUCUUCUACAACGAGCUGGACUUGGCGUGACGACAAGUCUUCAUGCCGUUAGUAUGAAUGUGUGGCUCGCUCUAGAGAGCAGAAGGGCACAGCUUGACGAAGGAGACAAGUAG